CGGUGCCGCUGGGAGGCCGAGACGGCCGCGGCCCCCGCCCCCCACCCCGCUACAGAUCCGGAUCCGAGCGCUGGCCGCGGCGUCCACAUGGCGGACCCGCGCCCAGAUCCUGAAUCGGAGCCCGAAUCCGUGUUCCCGCGGGAGGUUGGGCUCUUCGCCGACUCUUAUUCGGAGAAGAGCCGGUUCUGUUUCUGUGGACACGUCCUGAACAUCACACAGAACUUCGGGUCCCGCCUGGGGGUGGCAGCGCGCGUGUGGGACGCGGCUCUGAGCCUGUGCAACUAUUUCGAAAGUCAAAAUGUGGAUUUCCGAGGCAAAAAAGUGAUCGAACUGGGCGCAGGGACGGGCAUCGUGGGGAUCUUGGCAGCGCUGCAGGGGGGGGAUGUUACCAUCACUGACCUGCCCCUGGUCCUAGAGCAGAUCCAGGCCAACGUCCAGGCCAAUGUGCCGACUGGAGGCCGGGCCCAGGUCCGCGCCUUGUCCUGGGGGAUUGACCAGCAUGUCUUCCCUGGAGACUAUGACCUGGUGCUGGGGGCUGAUAUCGUGUACCUGGAGCCCACCUUCCCACUGCUGCUGGGCACCCUCCAACACCUGUGUGGGCCCCAGGGCACCAUCUAUCUGGCCUCCAAGAUGAGAGAGGAGCACAGGACGGAGAGCUUCUUUCAGCACCUCCUGCCCCAGCAUUUCCACCUGGAGCUGGCCCAGCGGGAUGAGGAUGAGAAUGUCAACAUCUAUAGGGCCAGACACAGGGAACCAAGACCUGCUUGACGUCACCCUUCUGCUCCUCUGAGCCCCUGUCCUAAGGAAGGAACUGCCAUAUCUUCAAAGCCAUAAACAGGAUCAAAAGUAUGGAUUUCCCUUGCCUCUCUCUUUCCUCCUUCCCUCUCUGUUUCCCCAGAUAUUCUUAGGGAGGCGCCUGCUUGCUAGGAAUCCUAGAGCCCUCACAGCACUGGGGUAGAGCACAAAGGAAGUUCCCAGCUCCUGUUCUCAGAGGAGGAAGACAGGAGGGUAUCCAGGAUUUUUAGGGGUAGGGGAGGUAAAUGGAUGUGAGAGCAGUGGCUGCAGAGACUGUCAGUGAUCCCUUCCAGUCCUGCUGUUGUCUUUUUAUACAGAAUGGAUUUUUUUUUUACCAGAUUCUAAUGGAAUUUUUUUAAAGGGAAAGAAAUGAGCAUUAAAGAUCUUUCCUGCAUCCAAAGAACUCAGACUUUUGCUGCGGGCCUGGGAAGAAGAAACCUCAGACCACCCACUUCUUGCUUCUUGAGAUAGAGUCUGCUGGGACCAUGGCUUUAACUGGGUCACGUCCUCCCAGCCCUGAACUGGGGAUCGGCAGCAGAGCUCUCCUUUGGACUGUAGCUUCUCCACUCUUUUCAGAGU